ACGGGACUAUGUGCUUUCACGUGGCUAUAUAAAAACGGAGUGGGCGGAACUUCCAAAAGAGAUGGUGAAAUGGAGCUAGUGGUACCCUACAGGGGGACACCUUUAAGGCAGCAUCCUGUGAUUUUCCCAUCUGAUAAUGAAAAUGUUUCCCUUACGUGCAUGAUGCAGGCCAUACAGACAAUUGAAAAGCAGGUCCCUGCUUUAACGGAAAGCUUUUUCAGAACCCCUUUCAAAGAGAGCAGAAAGAGUAGCUCUGCUAGUUUGGGGAAGCAGCAGCAGCAACAACAAAAGCAGCAUCAGCAGCCACGAGAAGGAGCUGUCUGCAGACACAAGUGCUGCACUGAGCAUGUCCCUGAGGAGCAGACUGCAAGCAGCUCAUUAUGCAGAACGCUAGCUUCAGCAGAUGGGGGAGAGCAAGAACAGGCAUUUGCUUCCCUUGCAUCAACAUCACUGCUCUCGUCACCGGAAAGCAAGCCUGGGUUACUAAACAGAAUCUCGUCGAGAGGCAGAGCAAAUAGCAUCCAUCAACAUGGCUUGAUUGCUAAAGGAGUCCGCUUGCUGAAAAACAUGGGUAACCAGGACGGAAAGCUAAAGAAGGCAGGAGGGGAUAAUGAUGAGGAUGCUGGGGGGCCCAGGGAGGUUGAAGGCACAAAGAAAGGAGCGCAGGGAAAGAAGGCACAUGGCAAACGGGCAAAAAAAUCAAAAUCUGAAACCAAAGCAUCUGUGUUUUCGACCAUUCGGAUACGAAAGAACCUAUCCAAGGCAAAAGGGCUCACAGAAGGAUCAAAGGAGGAUGUGUUGGAAAACCAGGACUCACAAGCAGAUGAGCUGGACAGUGCCCAUUCCAUCAGAACCAAAACCCCCGAUAUCAGCCUUUCUGCUGAUGAACUGGGCCUGUCAGACACAGAAGCUGAGCAUUUUCACCUCACAACUGAACGCCGACAGGCAACUGUGGUAACGCAAGAGAGACAAAGGGCCAGCUCUGGCUCGGAUACUGAUAUCUAUAGUUUCCACUCGGCUGCCGAACAAGAGGAUUUGCUUUCUGAUAUCCAGCAAGCUAUUAAGCUUCAGCAGGGGGUUAUUUCAACAGCUGAAGAGCCAAGCUGUAAAGCGGAGUAUAAAUAUGAGAGUGAUGUUAAAACGACCCCCCUAGAUUCUGGGCACUUUGUACUUCUGGAGGCGGUCCCUGACAGAGAAAAUGGCCUGGUUACUGAGCAGCACUUGUCAGUUGCAAGCAGUGAAAAACAAGACAUUUCUGUUUACAACAUUCCAAAUGAUUUAAAGGAGGCAUCAAUAGAAGCUGACAACCCACCCUGUACUUUGUCUGGGACAAAGGAACACAAGCUAUUGAGUGAGAAUGCACAGCCUCUUGCAGCUGGAACUGAUGAGAGAGGUGGAAGCCCUGUUGCUAGGGCAACGGCUACCAACAGCUACCAAGACUUGACAGUACCUUUCGGAAGUGUGGACAGGGCUGAUGAGAAAAAUGAGGCAUCGGGACUACCGUCUCACAUGACCGAAAGCCAGACUGACUUUGAAAAUAACCAAGAAGAAACUCCAAGUUCCCCAGAAGUGACUGCUAAUGGUAGAGACAGUUAUGAUGAAUCAAUGGGGUGGGCCAAUGAUUUAAAAGUGAGUGCAGAAUCUGACCCUGUUACAAUAAAUAGAAAGGGCAGUCUGCCCUUUUCUCCAUGGCCAGCUGGAAGCCCCUUAACAGCUCACCUUUUUAGACCAAGUUUGACUUCUGUGUCCUCCCCUAUUGUCAAACCAUACCCUACUAUUCACCCCAGUUACAUUAAAACAACAACAAGGCAGCUGAGUUCUCCAAACCACUCUCCUUCAGCAUCGCCUUCCCAGAGUCCCCUGUUUCACCGGCGACAAUAUGACCUCGGCCACAGGACCGAGAAACGAAAAGUCAAACAACAAAGGUCCUGCAGCAUAGCCGGUCACCUAAGCCGGUCUGCCGACUGGACAGACGAGCUGGCCAACCUCCAGCCCAAAAAAGCAGGAUCUGCAGAUUAUUUGGAAUAUGGUGGAUCAGAGGAUGGGCUGAGAAGAGGGAGCCUGCCAGUAUGUCCGACGCGGAAAUCUUCAGGUGUGCAGGCCUCCACGUGCAACUUUAACGAUGUCUUCUUUGGACGGACGCUGUUGGAAAAGUUCUUCAGACAAGAGGAAGAUGCCCCACAGGAAGAGGAAGAGGCAGAGAAGCUCUGCUCCAGGAUUUUAGCCAUGGGCCUCUUGCUACCCUUCAGUGAUUGUUUCAGGGAACAGUAUGCUGGGAGCGCGGGACAAAUUACACCUAAGUUUGAUCAAGACCAAUUGUACACCUGGGCUAAUGUCAGCCAACCCACACACUCUAUUGACCAUGCUGAGGGACGUAUCCCAGGAAGGAUUCAGACUAUGUGGCCCCCACCCAAAUCAGAAGAUGAUGACAAACCAGGACUGAAGUAUACAGAAGCAGAGCAUCAAGCGGCUUUCCUGACAUUGAAGAGGCAACAGAAAGAGGAAGUGCUGGGACUGCGGGACGAAUUAGAGUUGAAAUCUGUUCAACUUAAGGAGGAGCAUGUUCACGUCAUUCAACAGCUGGAGCAGACCAUAGAGGAUUUAAGGACCAAAAUUGCAGAACUAGAAAAACAAUACACGCCACCAGAGAAGGACAUAUGCACUAAAGACCAGGAGUGCGGGAGUGAAGAUAGAGCCUUCUGUGAUGUUGACCUUCAGACUGAGGAACAGGCAUUUCUUCGCAGCUUGGAAGCAAAAUCUGUACAGACUUCGCCUGUGGAAGAAUGUUUUAAUUUCAAAGUGCCUUUAUCAGAUAAAAUGCCAUCCUCCUCUUCUACUACUGCGCUUCCCGAUUCAAAAGCAGAGCCAUCUCCAACAACACCAGUACCCGAGGCACCGACCUAUCACUCUGAAAUCUCUGUGGUGUUGUCUCCCAGGCUAAUGCCAGAUUUUAUUUGUACCUGCCAGCAGCAGCAACAACAGUCUUCACUGCCUUCAGGACAAAGUGGGAUUCAACCACAGCCACCCCCACCUCCUCCCCCACCACUACCUGGCUGCUCAGUGCCACCUCCACCUCCUCCUCCUCCACCAUUACCAGGCUUUCUAGCACCGCCACCUCCGCCGCCAUUGCCCGGCUGUGCUGUACCCCUUCCGCCACCCCCACCACCGCUCCCAGGAUGUCCCAUACCACCUCCCCCUCCACCGUUGCCUGGCUGUCCUCCCCCUCCCCCUCAUUUUCCAGGUGGUCUAGUACCUCCCCCUCCACCCCCCCUGCCAGGUCAGAGUGCUUUCCCUCCCCCUCCACCCCCCCUGCCAGGUCAGAGUGCUUUCCCUCCCCCUCCACCCCCCCUGCCAGGUCAGAGUGCUUUCCCUCCCCCACCUCCCCCUCUGCCCGGAUCCGGUCCACCGCCACCACCCCCCUUACCUGGAUUGGCCCCACCACCCCCUCCCCCUCCCCCUCCAUUUCCUGGCAUUGGAGGAAACCCACCCCCCCCUCCUCCUCCCCUUAUGGGUUCUGGCCCCCCUCCGCCUCCGCCUCCUGGCUUUGGCUUUGGGUCUCUUCCCCCACCGAUGCCAGCAGGAUUAUUUGCACUGGCAAUGGGUCACGACAAGGGGGCAAGGAAACAGGUAGUCGAACCACCACGCCCAAUGAAACCACUGUACUGGACUAGGAUUCAACUGCAUGGGAAAAAGGAAUCCAGCGGGGCUUUAGUGUGGGAGAAGAUUGAAGAACCGCCUGUGGACUUCAAUGAGUUUCUAGAUUUGUUCUCUAAAGUUGCUGUCAAAGAGAAGAAGAAGCCCCUGUCUGAUACUUAUACAAAGACAAAAGCCAAACAGGUUGUCAAGUUGCUGAACAAUAAAAGGUCGCAGGCUGUGGGGAUCCUGAUGUCUAGCCUUCACUUGGAUAUGAAGGAUAUCCAACAUGCGGUUUUGAUGUUGGACAACACUAUGGUUGAUCUGGAGACCCUUCAAGCCCUGUAUGAGAAUCGAGCGCAACAAGAAGAAAUGGAUAAAAUAGAAAAGCACAUCAAGUCAUCCAAAGAAAAGGAAAGUGCAAAGCCAUUGGAUAAACCGGAACAAUUUCUCUUUGAACUGUCGCAAAUCCCCAAUUUCUCAGCGAGGGUGUUUUGUAUCCUGUUUCAGUCUACAUUCACAGAAAGCAUAGCCACAAUUCUACGUAAGCUUGCAAUACUUCAGAAAGUCUGCUCGACUUUAGAAGACUCUAAGAGGGUGAUGCAGGUGCUGAGCUUGGUGCUCGCCUUUGGUAAUUUCAUGAACGGUGGGAACAGGACACGAGGCCAGGCGGAUGGCUUUGCUUUGGAUAUCCUUCCAAAGCUGAAAGAUGUUAAAAGCAGUGAUAACAGCAGAAGUCUUUUGUCUUACAUUGUUGCCUACUAUCUAAGGCACUUUGAUGAGGAUGCUGGCAGAGAAAACAGCGUCUUCCCUCUCCCAGAACCACAUGACCUCUUCCAGGCUUCUCAGAUGAAGUUUGAAGAUUUUCAAAAGGAUUUGCGCAAGCUAAGAAAAGACCUCAACGCAUGCACAACUGAAACUGAAAAAGUCUGCCGCCUUUCUUCAGAAGAUCACCUGCAGCCUUUCAAAGACAAAAUGGAAGAAUUUCUCAGUCAAGCAAAAAUUGAUCUAGAGACUCAGGAGAAACAACUGACUGAAACACACAAAAGCUUCUUGGAAAUAACUGUUUACUACUUAAUGAAGCCCAAAAUGGGGGAAAAGGAAGUGUCUACCAAUACGUUCUUCACUGUGUGGCAUGAAUUCUGCACUGAUUUUAAAGACUCAUGGAAGAAAGAAAAUAAACUCAUCCUACAAGAAAGACUGAAGGAAGCAGAGGAGUGCUUCAGGCAGGCUAAAGAAAAAGCGUCCUAUAAUGUUCGACCCAAGCAUGACUCUGGAAUAAAAGCAAAACUGAGCAUGAAAAUCUGAGUUCCUGUCUGCAGAGCAUAAGAGAAAAAAAGCUUAUGACAAACUUCCAGAGGAGCAUUUCAACUGAUAAGGAAACCAACAUUGUUUCAGACACUGUCACUUGGCUUCCUUUUAAUUUCUUCACCAUAAGAAGUAUUCUCUUAGUGUACAUUUUAUGGACAAGUUAGCCUUAUCAUCCGAAUCCUUUGUUUCAGCAGUCAAAGACACAGGUACGCUUGUGGUGAAUGUCAUGCUGCUUUUGUGCCCUUGACAUUGGUAAGAAAGAAAGACUAUUUGGGGCCUUAAGUCGUAAAAGGAACAUCAUUUUACAUACGUAUUGAGGUUGAAACACCCUUCUGAUCAAGUGUUAAAUGAGACCACAGUCUGACCUACGAAGCGCUUCGAUAUGGUUGCCCUCCCGAUGCAGUUAUUGCCUGCUUUUCUCUUCCAGCAUGAAUAUGUUGAGUGAUGUGCUUGGUCUUUAGACCAAGAGGAACUGCGUUCAGCCUUGGAGUCACUUGAAGUUUUAAGCAGCAUCAGUGGAUCUGGUUGUAGCCAGUAUGAAAAUCAAAGCCGUAUGUUAAGAUCAUAUCUGUGUAAAACAUGUAUAUAAGUCAGACCUCAUUACGUAUCACAACACGGAGACCUUGUCUUACCGAAGGGUAUUGUUCUGUUUAAAAUGUUGAUCUUGGUAUAGACAAUUGCAGUAACACUUAGUUAUGAUUAUGAUGAGAGUAGAGUGUGCGUGUUUUUUUUUUUUUUUUUUGCCAUGUGGUCAAUUUAAUAUUUGUAUUUUGCUUCCAACGAAAUGGGCUUUUCAUAAUGAAAUGUAAUUUUUUUUUUUUUUUAUUUAAGCCUCAAGUUUUAGUGCCAAGUCCUAAAGUGUUUCCCAAAUUUGAUUUAUUAUGGUGAACUGUUGGCCAUAGCCUUUUACAGUAAAAGGUAUUUGUAUUUCCUCUUGCCCAAUUAAGCCUAAGCAUUACACCUUGCGAGGUAGGUACAAUCUCAGGACUUUUCCCAGUUUUCAAACAAUAUACACAUUUAUUAUGUUAACAUGAGGUCAAAUUUUAUAAAUAUAUGUCUUUUGGCAAAAAUAUCAAUUAAAUUGGAAUAUUUAUUUUCAUAACUGAUUUGUGGUAAGUACAGCAGUGAGGCAGAGGAACCUUGGUUUGAGUUCCGUUCAGUUGUAGUAAAAUUCCAAGCAAUACUUUGUUUCUUUGCUGAACGACAUCCAAAAGCUGAAGCUACUAUGACAGUGACAUUUUAUACCACAGUUUUACUGAUCAAAUUAAAUGUUAUCACUUCUUUACCUUGUUGUAUUAUGUAGGUCACAGUUUGAUUGUGGGAUUAGUUUGCUGGGCAUAUCGAAGCACACGAAACAGAGGGGUAUAUUGAAUUGAUCUAAACAGCGGCCAACAUAAAUACUGUUUUAAAAUAAUUAAAAAGGACCCAGGGUUAUAAAAAAUGAGUCAUCCAAAAGUACAUAUUUGUUACUUUGUCUAAAUUGGGAAGGUUUAAAAAAGAAAUGACAGUAUUUAAAUCCAAUACUGUUCAGUUUAAUAGAAUAUACACCCUUGAAUUUAUGUACAAUUCACAUUUCACCAGUCACUACUGCAUUUUUAUAUAACUUGCUGAAAUCAUGUUUCUUCUAGAGUGGGAUAUGGGGGUUCAAUAAGGGUGAUCUUGGUUAAAAAAAAAAAAGACAACUUAUGUUUUUAAAAUGCUAUAAAAUAAUAUUCCAAUGCAAAUUACUUGCCAUGGUUUUUGAGAAUCUGAAUUCCUAUGGGAAUGCAAAUACCCUAACUUGUGAGGCUAGCCAAGUUUUUUUUUUUUUUUUUUCUCUAAACUGAUGUUUGCCCACCAAAGGCAUGUUUUAAUAAAUAAAUAAAAACACAAUAUAUUGAUGCCAGUGGUUGCUAGUAUUUGGUUUGGGCAAUAUGAAAUAUGCUAUACAUAUAAAAUAAUUAAAUAAAUAAGGAUUUCCAACAGUUUGUCCAUGAUGGUCCUCCCAUUUAUUUAGGAUUAUUUAUUUAUUCAUUUAUGUAUUUCUAACAAUAGGUUUAAUUGGUGAUCAUUAGGCCAAUGUUAUUUUUGCCUGUGCUAAAUAAACAUCUUCUGGAACAUAUAUACAGUAAAUUACAUUAUGGUCUUGUAUUACUUUGGGUUACUAAAACUAUAUAUUUUAAAUGCUAUAUAUUCUAUGAUUUUAUUGAUGUAAAGUAGUAUUAAUUAUGUUCUUUUUCUUUUAGUAUGUAUUAAGCAUGUUGCUUUGUGUUUCAUAGCUCGCCUGUGCCCUGUGUAGAUCAACCUGAUAUGCUUGUAUAUGACUUAUCACCAUGUGCAAUAUAAUACAAUGGGUUUCUAUUUGGACUUUUUUUUUUUCAAAACUAAAUUGGUUUAUAUGAAAAUAAAAUAAAAUGAGAAAAUAAAGCA